AUGGUAGGAGAAGCAUCAAAUGUUUCCCAAGCCAAACUGUGUGUGUUUCAGGAUGCGGUGCCACACAUUGCAUUACUGGGUUCUGGAGGAGGACAAAGAGCCAUGGUGGGUUUGCUGGGAUCCCUGGUUCAGCUUGAUAAAGCGGGUCUUCUGGACUGUGUCCUUUAUCUGAGCGGAGUCUCUGGAUCCACCUGGUGCAUGGCCUCCUUAUACCAAGAACCAGACUGGUCCACCAAACUAGAGACUGUGAAAGACAAAAUCAUCAAGAGACUCAGCGGUCCAGGAGUCAGCUGGGGAAACGCAUUGGCCAAACUGAAGAAAUAUUACUAUGAGAAAGACCACUUCAGCCUGACUGACGUCUGGGCAGUGAUGGUCGUCACAGAAUAUGUGAAAGAGAUUGACGAACACACACUCACAGAGAAGCAGAACCAGCACAGUGAAGACUUGUUUCCAAUCUACACAGUGAUUGACAAGCAAUGCAAACAGAGCAAGGAGGAGAAAGAUGCCUGGUUUGAGAUCAGUCCACAUGAAGCUGGUUAUUCUCUCACUGGAGCGUUUGUGAAAACAUCCAGCUUCGGGAGCCAGUUUGAAAAUGGCUCAAAGAAAAAACCUCAGCCUGAAACAGACAUGCUGUACCUGCAAGCUCUUUGUGGCAGUGCUGUAGCUGAUGAAGACGAGAUUAAGAAAUUCCUCUGGCAAAAAAUAAACGAUUUCUUGGAACAUUUAUCACAUUUGGGGAUGUUUGAGGAAAUGAGGGAAGAAUACCAAAAAGCCGCACCUGCAAAAAAGGGUUACCAGGUGCUCAUGGAUCUUGUGGACAUGAAUCUCACUGUUUUGAAUGGCAAAGAUCCUUCAGAUCUUGAUCAAUCCAUCAGAAAAACACUGAACGAUGUUUCGAUCAGAAUUUGUAAAUGCAUGGUUCAAUGGAUCUGGGGCAGGAAAUAUGACUUUCUCCAAAACAUGAACAAUAAAAGAGUGCCUUCUACUCUUCUGAAAAGUGAGACGAGAGACUAUGAAGAUGCCGGACUGCUGCUGAACUCACCCUACUUCUCAGUGCUGAGAAAAGAAAGAAACAUUGAUCUCAUCAUUUCCCUGGAUUUCAGUGAAGGCGAUCCUUUCAUGACAGUGAGAGAAGCUGCUGAGAUGUGCAAAAAACUAAAGAUCCCUUUCCCUGAAGUCAACAUUCCCAGUGAAGACGUGGAGAAACCAAAGGACUUCUAUGUGUUCAAAGGCAAAAACGCUCCAACCGUGAUUCACAUCCCUCUGUUUAAUGUGGUCAACUGUGGAGAUGAUAUUGAGACCUGGAGCAACAAAUAUCGCACCUUUCAAGGUCCUUACAGCGCUGAGAUGAUCACUGAGCUUAUGGAGGUUGCUGGAAAAAACAUCUCAAACAACAGAGAGAAACUGCUGGAGCAGAUUCAAGCAGUCAUGAAGUGACAUGAAUAAUGAGUUGAAUAAUAAGUCCUUACUGUUUGUUUUAAUGUGUGUGUGUGUGUGUGUGUGUGUGUGUGUGUGUGUGUGUGUGUGUGUGUGUGUGUGUGUGUGUGUGUGUGUGUGUGUGUGUGUGUGUGUGUCAUUAAAUUCCAUACCCUUUUUUUCAUAUUUCAUAUUCCAUGCAUUUUUGUCAACUGCUAUUCAGCUGUUCUUUUCAGUAGUAAACUUAUUUUUGGAUCAUCAGUCAUCAAAGCUCAGUAAACAUAGUAAGUGUCAUAUUCUUUUAUUUCACCAAGCUGAUUUCUCUCUAAAAACAAAAAGGGUGGUGGGGGGGGGGGUGUUUUCAAGUCAUUUCAAGCCUGAAUGUGACAUUACAUACAUCUAACUGAAUUGUUAACUUACAUUUUAAUUAGGCUUCUCAUUAACACUAUAAUUUUUUUAUUCAAACCGAUUUGAGGAAGGAGAACUUGCAUAGAAAUAAGAGGCGGGGUUUAUCGGCCAAUCACAACUCUUUUCUGUUUAUUAUGUUAAACACCGCUCUGUACGUUUCAGUCUGUUCCUUAAUGCUUGACUUUCAUUAAGCAAUAAAUAGAUGAUCAUUAAUAA